GUUGAAUUCACCGCCGAUUUGAGUGGCAUCGCGGCCUCGCGAUGGAGUCUGAUGCGCAGAGGCAGGCGCAGAGCGUGAAGACCUUGGCCAUCUUAGAGGCCAAGGAUGGGGUCAUCGAGCAGCUGGAGCAGCAGCUGGACUCCGUGCAGGCCAAGGUCUCGGAGCUGAAGUGCAAGCUCCAUGCUGCAGAGGAUCGCGUGCUGGCGGCUGAGCACGAGAGGCACCAGGCGCGGCAAUUGGCGCAGCAGCAGAAGGCGGGGGCCAAGAAAACCGCCGCCCAGGCGCUAGAGGCGGAGAAAAAGGCCCAGGCUGCGAGCUCGGAGGCGCAGCGCCUGCGCCAGGCCUGCCAGGACUUGGAGCUCGAGGCCUCUCGCCUCGCGCGAGAUGCGCGCCGCUCCCAUGCGCCGCGCGCGGACGGCGGGGAUGAGGCGCGGCUGCGGGCGGCGCUGGCGCAGCAGAGGGCGCAGUUGGCGGAGGCGGAGUUGCAAGCGCGGGCCAGGCAGUCGGUGCAGCCGAAAGGAGCUGACGGCCUGGGGCGGCUGAUGCGCCAGCACCAGGCGCGCCUAGACGCCCUGGAGACCGAGCUCCUUUCAGCCCGCAGCCCAUCUCCCGGCGGAUCCUCACGCAAGCUGCGGCCGCUGGAGGCACGGUGUACAGAGCACAAGGAGCGCCUGGAGGCCCUGAAGGAGCAGCGGAGGCGCUUGGAGCUGCGGCGCUCUGCUGCUGACGAAAGCGCCUUAGAGGACUUGGCGCAGGUGGAGGCUGCCGCAGAGCGGAGUCGGGAUGCAAGCGGAAAGCCAGCCCCCGGAGGUGAGCGGGCGCGAGAGCUGGAGAUGAGUCUGGUGGAGAAGGAGCUCCAGACACUGAAGGAGGAGCUGCAAGUGGCGGAGGAAUGCCUCGAGGCGGAGCCCAGCUGCGCCACACUGGGUGGCCGCGCCCGGGCGCUGCGCCGGGUGAAGGCCGUGCAGCAGGCACGCCUGCAGUUCUUCACGAAUGCAAAGGAGGAGUUCAGCCGAAAGACGAAGGAACUUCCCAAGCCCCCGGACCUCGCGCCAGAUGCCAGCAUCUUGGCGAGCUUGCGGUCGGCGAAGACAGUCUGCGAGGAGCUUCAGCAGGAGCUGCGCAGGUUGGGCCGAGACGCUGAGGACAAGGCGGCGAAAGGCAGAGAUCUGAAGACGGAGGUCCAAGAGAUGCAGAGGAAGUGGCAAGAGGAGGAGGAGGAGGACAUAGUGGUUCCUUCCGCGCCUGCCUGGCCGCAGCUGCCCGGGGGAGUGUUGAAGGAUUUGGUGGGGAACCCGCUGACGACAGCCGCGGGGCAAGCUGCCUUCGAGCAGGUGCUGCUUCUCCUGGCGCAGAGCCACCGGCAGGGUCUCCAAGCCCAGCACAGCUCCGCGCGCUGGCGCCGCGCCGCGCGAGGCGCCGUGGCGGCGGCGAAUUCGCCGUUCGCGGCGCCGGAGAUAGGCUUGCCGGUGGCUCCGGAGGAAUUACCGCGGUGUGCGCUGCAAGAGGCCCUGGACAAAGAGUUGCCCGGCCAGCGCGCCAAAUUGGAGGCGGAGGCCUCGGCGCUCUUCGCGGAGCGCGGUCGCCAGCUGCGGGAGAUCCAGGACUUGGAGGCGAGGAGUUGCUGGGAGGCAGCGCUGCGAGCGGAGAAGGAGGAGGCAGAAGUGGCGCAAGCGAGCAUGGAGUUUCUUGAGGGCAAUUGGCGAGAUGAGGUGGUGGAGGGUGCCUGGGCCAUGGCUCAGCGCGCCGGCUUCACGCCCAGUGGUGGGCCCGUGCUGCGGGCAGCGCAGGUCUUGCGCAUGAUGGGCCUGCAGCUGACCACCUACGAGCUGGCCUGGAAACUGCGCCUCACGCAGCUUCAGGGAGAUCACCUGGCCGUGGCCGCCGCGCUGGGCAGUUCCCAGGCGGCACCCGAUGCGCGCAUGCAAUGCAGGACAGAGCUAGCUGAGGCAGGACGUCUGCAACGUCGCGCGCAGCAGCUCGGCAACGAGGUGCAGCGGUGCCAAACGCGGCUCCAGGACGCCAAGGCGCGCGAGGAGGCGCUGAAGCUGCGGAGGGCGGACUUCUCGGCGCCGGGGACCUCCCAGGACCAAGCGCUGCUGAUGUCCAUGCUGGACGUCAUGCGCCAGGUCAUGGAGAGUUGCUCUCAGCUGGUUCCAGGGGAAGGCGAUGGGCCCUUCUCCACAGGCAUUGAGGCCGCCAUCCGGCAAGACGUGCAGGAGGUGAGCCGCUUCUGCCAGCAGCUGCAGAGGCAGCUGGAGGCCCAGCAGCAGCAGGUGGCCGCCGCCUGGAGCCGCGUGCGGGAGCGGAGCCUGGAGCAGAGCGCCAGGCCGGAUGAUUCAGAAGUGGCCCAUCGCCUGGAGUUUUUGCUGCAGACGCAGAAGGACCUGCAGCUGGAGUACAGGGACGCGGCAGAGGAGCUGCUUGCGUUGAGGGAGGAGACCCACCAGAACGAAGAGCAGGCAGAGGCUGCGAGCCGGACAAAAUCCUUGACCCAAGAGGCCCUGCAUCGAGCGUUGCCUGCAAAGGCGGACCUGAUGGAAGCGGAAGAGCAGCGCAGUGUCCGGCAGCUCGAGGCUGCCAUCCAAGAGGCUUGGCAGAGCCACAGCGCCUACGAGGAGGCCGAGCACAGGAAGCAGGCGGCGGCCAGCAGCGCGAGUCACUGGAAGCAGCGCCGGGAGGCGGCGGAGGAGGCGGCACAGGCCGCACGCCUCGCUGAGCAGCAGCACACGGAGCUGGCGCUGUGGCGCCGCGCGGAGCAAGAGGAGGCUGCUGCAGAAGUCCAGGCUCUACAGCACGAGGAGACGGAGGUGUCACGGCAAUUGAGAGCGGAGGAGCAACAUCUGCAGGAGGAGGCGGCCUCCGCCACGGAGCUCCAGGCGGCGGUGGCGAGGUGCGAAGACCAAGCAGCGGAGGCACAGAGGGCUGCGGCACACAGCGCGAGCAGCGCAAAUGCGCUGCGCGCGCGGUGUGCUGCGCUGCACGAGGCGCUUCCCCCUGGCGUCGAUUUUGCCGCAAAAGCGCCCGCGCCUCUUUCACCGGCGUUUUCGGCGGCGCGGAAAUUGGCGGUGCUGCGGCGGGAGGCAGAGGCUGCAUUGGCCCAGGAGCAGCAGAGCCGAGCGGAAGCCGAGCAGCUCACAGCCGAGGCGGCGGAGGCGCAGCGCGCGGCCGGAGAUCUGCGGAAGGCGAAGGAGGCCAAGGCCCUGCGGUUGGAGGCCGUGGAGGCGAAGGAGCAGUGGCAGGAAGUGGCGCAGCGGAACGAGCACUGGGAGUGGCGCCAGAACCUAAAGGCGUUGCAGCUUCAGGCCCAGCGUGGGGCCGAAAAGGCGGCGCAGAUGGCGGAGGAGUCCAAGCAAGAAGCCACCGCGGCGCACGAGCUGCGGAAGGAGGUCACGGACUUGGAGUCGCGGACGUUGCGGAUGCGCGCAGAGCUGGUGCACGCGCGCGCACCAGUGCUUCCGGAGCAGCCGCGGCGCGAGGAGGCCCUGCUCAAGGAACUGUCCGUGCUACGAGGGCAAAGUGAUGCCAUGUUGGAGGAGAUGGAUCGACUUCGCCGGGCCGUGGAUGAGAGUGAAGAGGCCAGCCAGCAGGCUGAAAAUUCGCAGCGCGCAGACAACUCGCAGCGGGCGAGCAGCGGGCGGGGCCGGCAGCGGCUGUUUCAGCAGCUGAACCGUAGCCGGGAGCAACGGGAGGCGUUGCGCCGGGAGCUGCAGAGCAGCGAGCGCGAGGAGCAGCGGCUCCGGCAGCAGCUCAAGGAGGUGGAGCAGCAACUGCAGGUGAGCCGAGAUGAUGCAGACCGAAAGCGCUCGCAUUUGGCGCAGCUGCAGCGCUCCCUAGAGGCCUCCAGCACGGAGCAGACCGAGCGGCUCACCUGGAGCGAGAGGCGCUCGGAGGCGCAAGAAGCGCUGCAGAAAGCAAGGCAGCAGUGCGCCAGGAAGGAUGCCACCCUCAAAGAGCUGCGGGCGGAGGCCCAGGAGCAGCGCCGGCUUCGGGAGCAGCGCCGUCGCGCAGAGCUUCAGGAGCAGCAGCGCUCGGAGGCGGAGGCCGCCCGCCUGAAGUGCCUCCGAGCGGAACUCAGGCGCAAGGAGCGGCUGCUGCAAGGCACACUGACCCAGACGGAGGUCCUGGAGUCGCAGCUGGCCAACUUGGGAUGAGGACGUGGGAUGAGGCGACCUGAAGACUCCGAGUCGAGUGUGCCGCUGUUUGCCGCUGAGAAGUGCACGCUGCAGCGUGCGACGACGCAAGGGGCGGGAACAAGACGCGAGUUGCUUGCGGAGCUUUUCGACUUGGGCAAGCGGCCUCAGCAUCACGCAGGUCCCCGGCUUAUCGAGGAGCUUGGCCUACACCCGCUCGAUCUGAACCGGUCGCGGGAGGUGCAGCAUUCGACCCAGGAGUUCAGUGACGCUCAAUGCGUUAGAUGUGAGCUGCACAGCGGCCAAGCUGAGAGAGUACCAAGGCACACGGUUGAGUCACCAAAU